AUGGUGGAAAAUUUGAUGGAAGAGGAGGCUAUGGUGAUAGAGGUGGUGAUAGCAGAGAGACAGACAGAGCUAGAGCUUAAGAGGUCAGGGAGGGGCCGAGGCUUGGAGGCAUUGGGGAAGAGAGGAAGGAACACACAGAGGGCCUCCUUCUCUUUCAGCUUUUAAAUGCUGUCACCUCACACAGCAGAUUACUGCCUCUCCUAUGAACUGGUGUGCAAGAGGUGGAGGCACGGGCAUGGCCUGGCUGCAUGGUGGCCACCCUCUCCUUAUCUGAUGUCAGUGUGAUUAGGGAGUCUGCUCUUGUCCUGUAUCUGGGGAUCUGAGCAUCUGGGGACCAGAGAGGAUGGUGCCGGUCGGGGUAGAGGCCAAAGGUUGAAACGUGUUCCCAUGACUCUCCACCCUCAGCCAUGUUGGGGGGGAUUAGAACCUUAUUCUCUUUACAGGUGGAAGAAGCUCAACAACCUUCUGGAGCAGCGGUUCUCAACCUGUGGGUCGCGACCCCUUUGGGGGUCG